AUGAAUCGGAAUACUUUAAAUAUAAUCCAAUUGGGAUUCGGAAUGUUAUUGGUAUUUUUCGCCUUUUUCUCGCAGAGUUUCAUCGUGGAGACGGUUGUGCAAAAUAGACAUGAUGAGGAUCCGAGUGUUUGGAAACAUGCUGGAUAUUAUAGUCAAAUGCUUGCCUAUGUUUCGUUCGUUUUGGGUAACUUGGCCGCUCCGACAUUGCUCUCGAUUCUGGGUCCUCGUCUCUCCUUCAUCUGUGCCGCUCUUCCCUCUCCAAUUUACAUGUCCGGAUUUCUCUUCUUCAAUCAAUAUUUUCUCUAUGGAUCUUGUAUUGUAGCGGGAUUUAUGGCCGGAUGCCUCUGGACCUCAAUCGGCAAAUAUGUGGCCGCGAAUAGUGACGAGAAAACGAUCUCCAGACACAGCAAUCUAAUGGUUUUCAUUUACAUGCCAAGUAUGAUAUUUGGUGGAACCUUUUUGUUGGUGGUUUUUGGAUCAAGAACCGAUCAGAAGAUCAGCAUGGAAACGACUAGAUUACUGUUCGGAAUCUUCGCCGUUGUCAAUUUUAUUGGAGUAAUCACUUUGGGAUUGUUACCCCAAAAGAGAAAAAAUGAUCGCCAUUCCACGAAUCAUUUCAAAGAAUUGGUGAAGACAGUGAAACUGUUUACCACAAGAGAUCAAUGGUUACUGGCUGUUCCAUCAGCUUUUACUGGCAUUGAAACCUCAUUCUUCACGAGUGUCUAUCCAACUGCUUUGUCUUUCACGAAAAGUUUCUCAAUGAAUACGAAUCAAUUGAUGGGAUUAAAUGCGAUUGCAACGGGAGCUGGGGAACUUUUCGGUGCCGCUUUCUUUGCUUGGAGCAGUAAAUGGACGGAUCGAAUCGGAAGAUGGCCAUUAAUGUGGAUUGGGACAGGGAUUAGUCUCAUAUCUUAUGCAUUGAUUGCAUACAAUCUACCGGCUAAUUCAACACAUACAAUGACUAAUGAGAAACCGAUUGCCUCAAGUCCAAGCAUUACAAUUGGUCUCAUUUGCGGCUUCAUGCUGGGUUUUGUGGAUUGUUGUGUGAAUACACGAAUCAUGUCUCACAUUGCAAUUCGCUAUUCGGAAGACCCGGCUCCUUCAUAUGCUUUAUUCAACUUUUGGCUGGCCCUCUUCACAGCUUCAUGUCUUUUCUAUGGCAGUGUCGCUUCUCUGUACAUGCAAUUGGGUCUUUUGAGUGUUGGAAGUCUCGCUUCAGCCAUCACUUAUACAAUUGCUGAUCGAAAUUUGAUGAAUAACUUGAAAUUGACGAAAGGAACAAUUCCGGAGGUUAAAAAGCCU